UUAACAAAAAUGAAAAUGUCCGUCGUGAAAGAUACGCUCUAAUUUAUUUUGUGACUAUUUAAUAUUCGUUGCUUGCGAUGUGAAUAUUUUGUAGUAUUUAUAUUCUUCUAAGUGCAUAUAAUCCACCAAGAUGAUUGUUCAAGAACCUAUACAGGUUAUCGUUUGGGAUUGUCUCAAUAAUUAUGAAUACGACAAUGCUAUAUUUCUGGCUGAGAGACUGCACGCCGAAGUGGCAUCGGAGGAAACUGCUUUUUUACUGGGAACUUGUUAUUAUAGAGCUGGGAAAAUAAAUGAGGCUCAAUACUUGUUGCAAAACAUGUCAUUGACUUUACCACAAGCCAGAUUCCUGCUAGCUAAAUGUUUCUUGGAAUUAAAAUCAUUUAAAGAUGCUGAACUUACACUUGGAAACAAUUUAGAUAUUGUUGCUUCUGAAUUUGGAGAACAAGCACCUUAUGCAUUACAACUUCUGGGUAAAAUAUAUAAUCUCACUGAAAGGAGAAGCAAAGCUGUAGAAGCUCACAGAAAGGCACUUUCAUUGAACCCGUUUAUGUGGAAAUCUUUUGCACAACUGUGUAACAUGGGUGAGAAAGUAGACCCUCACCAAGUAUUCCAAAUGAACAAUACUGACUUUACAUUUGGUGUAACUACAUUAGUGAAUCUAGUCAGCAAUUCAGAAAACAUUUCAUUUGUUAAUAGUAACAACAUUCCUAAUAAUACUGCUAUGAAUACUAAUGUCACACCCAACAAUGUGGCUACAAGAACCCCUAUGACAAUGUCCACUAGCAUCACACCCGAGACUCAAGCUCCUGUGAAGAGAAUGCAUAGUGUGUUCAGUGGCAUGGCACCUAUUCCUUUUUCACCCUCUUUUGGUAUGCUACCGAUGGAAGAAUCUCCUGUACUAUAUACACCGACUCUAACAGACUCUAAUGAGCAGAAAGCCAUACCUAAGAUAGUAAACUCAUUACGAGCACAAAUGGGCCAAUUAAAAGAUGCAGUAUUCAGUCCAGCUCCUAGGUGUACUCUUGGACCAGCUCCACGGCGAUCAUCUAGAUUAUUUAGUAAUAAUAACAGCAGUUACUCAGUUAAAGAAAAUAAUAAGUCUCCAAGUAGAAAAUUUGUAGCUCCUAAAAGUCCUUCAAGAAAAAAUAAGCAGCGUACAGCCAAAAAUCUCAAAAGUAACACAGUAGAAGCUAAUGAAAGGAAUAAUAAAAGUGUAGAGACGGUUACACCAACAAUUCCACCAAAGAACUCCAAUGGUGUGGCUUUGUUAAAUUUAAUGCGAGAUCUGGGAGAAGCCUACAAGUCACUGGCAUUCUUAGAUUGCAAAACUGCAAUUAAACUAUUUCAGGAAACAUCACCAAAGCAACUAGCGUCUCCCUGGGUCCAGACUAUGAUAGCGAAAGCACAUUAUGAACUAGCUCAAUAUGAGGCAGCUGCAAAAAUUUUUGCUGAAAUUAGAAAACAAUAUCCAAAUCGCACAGAGGGCAUGGAUAUUUAUAGUACCUGUUUAUGGCAUUUGCAACGAGAAGCACAAUUAUCAGCUUUAUCUCAAGAACUAGUUGAAUUGGAUAGGAAAGACCCCAUAGCUUGGCUUGCUGCUGGUAACUGCUUUUCUCUUCACAAGGAAAGAGAAACUGCAUUAAAAUUCUUCAAACGAGCUGUUCAAUUAAACCCAGAAGCAGCAUAUGCUCAUGCUUUAUUAGGACAUGAGUAUGCAGUUGCUGAGGAAACAGACAAGGCUCUUUCUAGCUUCAGAGCAGCAGUAGCAAUUGACCCACGUAAUUACGUUGCGUGGUUUGGGAUUGCUACAGUUUAUGCGCGACAAGAACGUUGGAAGCCUUCUGAAGUGCACAUUCGACGAGCUUUAACCAUACAUCCUCAUUCGGGAGUUUUGAGGUGCCAAUUAGGAUUAGCACAAGCAGCUCUAGGCAAAAUGGACAGAGCUCUUGCUACUUUAGAAAGGGCUGUUGCUUUAGACACAGAGAAUCCUUUGUGUCGCUUCCACAGAGCUUCUGUUUUAUUACGGGCUGGUAAACCAGAAGAAGCUUUAGCAGAUCUGCACCAUUUGAAAGAUAUUGCGCCAAGAGAAUCAUUAGUAUAUUAUUUACUUGGAAAAGUUCACAAUAAGUUAGGCAAUUCUCAUUUAGCAUUGAUGCACUUUAGCUGGGCUACAGACUUAGAUCCUAAAGGCACGGGAGGACACAUAAAAGAGGGCUUUGACCCAUCCAAACAAGAAGACCCGCCAGAGAGGUCGACCUAAUUGGUAUGACGACUUAAAAAGGAUUUAAAGGAUUGCAGAAUAGCCUGCACUGUUGUGGUUGGCAAUGCAGUCAAUACCUGACUGAUCCCAUGUAAAUAUCGCUCUCACCCGUCGAGCUCUUACUGACACCAAAUUCUUCCAACAAAGCUUUAUGGGGUUUGAUGGGUGUGUAGUGGCAUUUAGUCGCUAUAGUAAUAAGGGCGUAUGUGGAUAUGUUUAUAUAGAGUAAGAUGUGGAUAUUCGUAAUGUUAUCCUAGUUUAUUAUAUAUAUCUUGUAUAGCUAAUAACUUUUAGAAAGAUGAAAGAAUAUAAUUUUUAAAAAGAUGAUGCUUUUGAAAGUUAAUAAAGACUCAGAGCCUUGAUCUCAAUGGGAUGUUAUAAAUAAUAAUCAUAUAAUAUAGAGCCAUUAAAUAAUUGAAGUUGCAAAUUCUUAAAAUGCCAUAAUUAUGAAUUCCUGAAAUCUAAAUCUACUAAUUGUUGUCCUCAUAUUUGUAAAUAGAAUCAUUCCGUGCAGUGUAUAUUGUUCCUAGAGAACAACUGGCGGAUAUACAUAAACAUAUAAAAUCAUGUAAACAAUUUUAUAAAUCCUUGCAUGAAGGUUUUACUUUGUAUGACAGAUAGCUUUGGAUGUUAGUUUGGCUGGGGUCAUAGAAAUUGUUGAAACAUAAGAACCAAAUUUUUUGUAUUCAGCUCUUGCUUCAGUAAUCCUGGAUCUUGUUUCUUAGCAUCAAUAAAACUGUUUCGUGUGUAUGUACAUAAUAACACAUUAACUUUAUAGCACCAUUGUCAUUUGACAUCACCAAUGAACUGCUAGCUAUGUGGACAAACUUGUUUAGACCACCUAAUGUAUGAAUUUAAUAAAUAAAACUGAUGUAACUUG